ACUCAACUCCUACCAUGUUGGUUCAGUUCAGUUCACCCUAAAUUUCUUCCACUAUCAUCUUCUCUCAGUUCGACGUCAGCGAAGCCUUCAUUGUUUGUUGGGGGCAAUUCGAUUCGAUUUCGCAGAGUAGAAUGUUUGGGACGGCGAUUCGAUGUUUGGCGAAGAAACCGAAGCCGAAGAUGGGACCCGUGAUCCUGAAAACGCCGCCGGAGCAGAGGCAGACAAUCACAAGAACCCUCUUCGAUAUAAUUAAGGAGCAUGGUCCCAUCACUGUUGCUAACACCUGGGAACGUGUCCAGGAAGUUGGAUUGAAAGAUUUGACAAGCAAGAAUCACAUGAAAAUAGUGCUGAAAUGGAUGAGAGAGAGGCAGAAGAUUCGGCUCCUUUGCAACCACGUUGGAGCACACAAACAGUUUCUCUACACCACUUGGUUUACCAAGCCGGUUACCCCUCCCAAGAAUUCCUCUUGAAAGUUGAAACUUCAUCAUCAGUUGGUUGCUGCUGUUUUGUACCAUGUCUUGUCAAGAGUAAUAAUUUCAUUUUAGAACCGUUAAUCAAUAGAGAUCGAAAUGUUUUGCCUUAUUUUCCAUUGUUUCUGUCUCUGUGUUCUUCACUCUCAACUCACACACCUAUUAAUGUGUAUUUGGAUAGCCUCUAAAAUUAGACCAUGGUAAGAUGAAUUAAUUUUGAUUUUGACCAAA